UGCGCCCUUAACUAUAAUUUGAAUUGAAUAAUCCUGGGUAAUAAAAAAUCAAACUUUAUUUUUGUGAAUUGAAACAAAGAUCAAUUUAAUUUUUUUUUUAUUCAAUUACUUUUUUUUAUAGUGGAUUAUUAAUAUGGCGCAUUUUCAGAAAAGGGCUUUUAGUUUGAGUUUAUUUUCUAUGAAAAAAGUUGUAAGCAGUGAGCUUAGAAAAUCCAAAGGAGUAAGUUCCAAUCAUUGGUUAUCCCGACAAUUAUCAGAUCCUUACGUGGAGAAGGCAAAAAUGAUGAAUUUCAGAUGCCGCAGCGCAUUUAAGUUAAUAGAAAUGGAUGAUAAAUUAAAACUGUUGAAACCAGGGCAGGUAGUUAUUGACUGUGGAGCAGCUCCAGGAUCUUGGACUCAGGUUGCUGUUAAACGGGUGAAUGCAGACAACUGCGAUAACAAACAACCACAAGGAAAAGUUGUAGCCAUCGAUAAACAGUUAAUCUAUCCCUUAGAGGGAGCUAUUAUUAUUGGCAAUCUGGAUUUCACUAAUCCAGAUUCUCAAAAUCGAAUUUUAGGAGUGUUGAAGGGGGAGAAGGCUGACAUUGUAAUUUCUGAUAUGGCCCCCAGCGCAACAGGUAUCCGCUAUCUGGAUUAUGAAAAUAUUGUAAAAUUGUGUUAUUUAGCUUUAAAAUUUGCUUUACAAAUUUCAAAACCAGGUGCGUCAGUGUUGUUAAAAUUAUGGCAAUGUGCAGACGCCAAAACUCUCCAAGAUGAUAUGUUAAAAUUCUACAAAACUGUAAAAAUUGUUAAGCCAAAAGCUAGCCGAUCCGACUCUGCAGAGAUAUUUAUGUUGGGAAGAGAUUUUCAUGGUCUAGAAAAUAGAUGAUGUUAAUAAACUUUCAUGUCUUGUCUCUA